AUGGGAACAGGGCUGCGCAGCCAGUCCUUGCGAGGACCCCGGCACUCCUACGGGAAGCUCCAGGAGCCCUGGGGAAGACCCCUCAAGGGCCAGCUCCGCCGGGCAGUGAGCCUCAGACAAGGGCGUGAGAAAUCCAGGUCCCAAGGCCUUGAUGGAGGGACAGACGUGCAGAAAGUCCCUGCUCAGAAGAGCCAGCCUGCGGGGAGCGUGGAGGACACGGAGCAGCUCUCGGAGCAGCUCACGGAGCAGCUGAUCCAAACCCCGCCAAGAGGCUGCCGGUGGUGGCUGAGGCGAUGCCAACAGCAGGUGAGGAGGAAGUGGGACAGCUUUGUCACCAGCAUCCCCAACGUGACCUGGAGUCGGCCGGCCUCCCCGAAGCUCCCACUGGACAGCAGCUAG